AUGCCUAGUCUUUGCGGGCGCAAAGGUACAAGCAAAAGCAAAACAUCAUCACUCCCCGUUGCUUUGUUCGAUGAACGAAUGGAGGCAGCAAUUACGAACAAUACUGACGCCGAGAAACGAAACGAGCAUAAUAAUAGCCAAUCGACGACACUUGUAGAGGCCAGCAUUAGAAGCGACACGACUAUGAGCAGCAGCGAUCGCUUCAGCUCAAGCUCCAGUUCGGACUCGAGCUCUGACGUCUUGGAUGACGAUUAUGGCUCUCAUAUUCUCUUGUCAUCCGAUGACGACGACUUGGAGUUUGAAGAGAAUGAGGAGGAGACUACAGAACAGAACGCUUUAAAAAAACUCUUAGUGAAGCCCAUGCCCUCGCGGCUUCAAGUAUGUCCUGUAGAUGAUUUGGCUGUUGAGGAAGAAAAGCGCAGGCGACGAUCGCGACGGAAUGUACAACACAAGACAAAAAGCAAACAAGUUUUACUUAAUGGUGCAAGUGGCGAUGCAGAGAGCCUUCCAUCGAUGCUUAGCCCGAUAAUGGUGCGAACGCACCGCAGCGGCAGCUCUCCGGCACUGAAUUCACUUGAUAGCGCAGUGCGUAACACUUCACCUGUUUGCAGCAGUCGCCCUAGCAGUGCGCAGGAGAAACGGCAUGAAUUGGUACAAACAGACGAUACCACGCUUGGAAAUCCUUUUCCUUUGCUACGAAAAGACUCGGCAGCAAUUAGAAGACAAUAUUGGAGUCAAUUGGGCUUUAAUUUAUCACGCAAUGAUUUGGAAAAAAGUACGGGGCGUAAGAAGGAGCGACGAGAAGGUCUCAAGGUGCAACUGAAUGACGCCAACUUGGAGCAAAAUGAUGGCGGAAAAGGAUUCUUUCGAUUUAUCACGAGCUGGUAUGCGCCUAUUACGGCUGUAUGUGCCGAUGAAAAGUCCUAUUUGAUUGACAAGGAGCGGAGUUUCAGUGCAAGGCAGUUGCGAUCUUCACUCUCACGAAGUUCAGGUGCUGCAUCUUAUAGCGCGACUGCUUCUACAGCAAAAAAGAGCGUGCAUUUUAAUGAAGAGGCAGAGCUCUUUUAUAUUCCGCUGCAUCGUGACUAUUCUAAGCGACAACGCGAUUGUAUGUGGCCGACUCGUGUCGAAUUUGUCGCCAUGGUUGAACGUAAUCUGGACGCUGUCUAUGACGAGAUGGAACGGGAGUAUCAGGCGCAACUUGAUAAUGAAUUCUUGGAGAAUGAAGCCAUGGCGCGUGAAGAAGCGAGACAACGCACUAUUGUGAUUCAGCAACAAAAAUCUGAUGAUGAGGCACAAGCAGCAGCUGACUCGCGUCGAAGGCUCUCUCCGCCACUCAGUCGUACUUUUAGCGUGACAUCGUCAGUGCCGACUCUCACACUGUCGCAGAAGCACGUGCUCGUACCACCUCGUGCUCGUUCGUCUCAUGAUCUUCGCUUUAAAUAUCUUAAGCAUCUUGGCAUUGACAGCUAG